CAGGUGCUCUGUACUCUGAUCUCAUUCUUUCAAAUAAAAACAUUUUUUUGUAUUUUAUUUUGUCAUAAGAUGAGAUGUUAUCGUUAUCUACUUUUAGCUUGAAUUCACUUUAACUUAAGUGUUUAAGAUGUGAUAAUUUAGUUACAAGGCACAUUCAUAAAAUUGUUUUACUCAUUCUGUGGUUAAGUGUGUAAAUUAAAUACACUUGAGUUGGAAAUGGGAAACAAACAAUCUGGUACGAAGACAAAAAGGUCAGAAGGCUCUCUCCAUCCUCAAGAAAGAAAGAGAUUAACUAUUUUUUUAGAUGAAAGAAAAGGCUCUGCUAAAUUCACUUUCCUUGAAAUAAAGAGGCUCUGGAGUGAUUUUUUGACGCCCAGCCUACUGGAAUCUUAUGCAAACUUCCUUCUGAAAUCUACUGAUGGGCGAAGGGACGAAAUUGACCUUGAUGAUUUUAUCAGUAUUUAUGUAAAAAUAAUUAGAGGAUCAUCCAAUGAAAAGGCUAAAUGCAUUGCAACUAUUCUGGGGACCCAGACAAAUCAAGAAGGCGUAGAAAUCAUCUCCUAUCAGAGCUUGUGCAAGUAUUUGAGUGAUCUUCUAAAAUCAUACUUUUUUGGACUGAAGUCACGCAAGGAUGAUUCUUACACUAGCUGGAACUGUGACGAACCUCGAGAAAAUGUCAUAGAAGAAGUUAUUAGAGGAGUUUGUAAUGAUUUACAACGUACUGAUGAUGAAGUGAAAGAGGAUUUGUUUGAGGACUGGUUGCACCACAGCGGUCUAGUCAACACACUUCACUGUUACGUCCUCGGAAGCAUGUAUAAUUUGGAGCCGGAGCAUCAAUUCAACCUCAUACCUUACGCACAGUUUCCUGCAAACAUCUCAGAGCACAAGGUCUCGCUCCUGUUGGAUCCGUCACAAGUUGUGUACCUCAACUCCUUCCUUCCGUCGGAGCAUAAGGAAGUGUGGAGGUUCCUGUUUUCUACCGAUUCUCAUGGCGAGAGCUUCUCCAAAUUCGUCGGAUGCAUCGUCAAUCAAGGCCCGAUCUUGGUGGUAGUUAGAACUGCCAACAAUAACACUUUUGGAGGAUUCAUCUCUACAAAUGUCACUUUGAGUCCGAAGUGGAUUGGCUCAGAAGGCAGUUUCCUAUUCAAGCUGGGCUCUUCAGUCGAUGUGUUCACUGGCACCGGAUACAAUGACCACUAUGCUUAUCUGAACUGUUCUCAGAGUACAUUACCCAAUGGACUGGGAAUGGGAGGCCAGUAUGGGUAUUGGGGUCUCUGGAUAGAUUCCCAAUUCGGAGUUGGGGAGUGUAGUGAGACCUGCACAACAUACAAAAACUACAAAAUGUUGGACUCGGGAAAGAAGUUCCACAUAAAGAACUUGGAGGUUUGGGCUGUUGGGGAACCUCCUCCAACUGAAGAAGAGCUGGGUGAGAGAUCCACAAGUAAAACAGGUAGGUCAGCCCUAGACCAAGACCCUGCAAGUGCCACGAUUCUGGAGAUGGCUGGACGAGAAAUGCACAGUAAAGGCAUCAGAGAGGGAAUGGCAAAAAAGAAGCAUUGAAACAUCGAAAUUCUCCAACUUUUGGAUAGAGGCAAAUCCUAGCUACAGUGCUGGAAUAUGGUGAUGGUCUCCAAGUACUUUUGUGCCAAAUAAUGUUACCAAGCCAAGUGUUGACACUUAGGCUAAGCUUAGAAUGUUAUUGUAUGUAUUAAAAUAUUUUCUUUUGUUGA